GAGUUUCCAUGUUUUGUCUCAUUUUCAAUCAGUUUUAUUUCAGGGCUCUUGCUGGCCAUUUCAUUAUAACAACUUUUCAGCUUCAAAGAGCUGCUUUCCCCAUAUACUGUGGAAUGAGGCUCAUUGUCCUACAUGAAAAUUGCUGGUUGACAGGGCAAUGAAUAACCUAUUUUGAUGAAUAUAUACAGUCAUGUAGGAGACUCCUGCUGCAUAAAACAUCAUCCAACCAUGACACUUCCUGCUUCAUCUUUUUACGGACUUCAUUACAAAUUUUUGUUCAGUCUUUCCCCAGUCUGACCACAAGCUCAAUGUUUCCCAUUGGAAUAAAAUGAAACUUUUUUAAAGCUUUCAUUGCUAAAGCAAACUUUAGAUCAGUUCACACAAUAUGCUUCUCAGCAAAGGUAGUUUUGUGUGUUUAUUCAAGAUUUUGUCACUGCAGAAGUUUUAGUCUGAAUUAUCUUAAACACUGAGACACAGCUGAACUGACACGUCAAGUGCUGAAUGACUGGAGUGUUGAACAGAUAGCUGAUUGAGAUUAGCUGAUUUAUUCUGUCCUCGUAUGCAUUUGUCUGUCAUGGAUGAUAACAUUUUAGGAGGAUUUAAAUUGAGUUGAUGAGAUAGCAAAAGAAAAAAAAAUCCAAUAUUGCAGAAAAAUCUCAGAUUUGGUAUAUUCUAAGAUACCACAUUCUCUAGCAAUGGUAUCCCUUUGACCUUUAACAUUUAAAAUUUUGAGCUUCACUUUCUAUAACAUGCUUUAAACACUUUACUUACUCUACCCUUUCAGAAAAUAAUAAUAAUAUAAAAAUCCUAAUCAAAAGAUAAUUUGGCGAGUACAUAAUCAAUUUAUAGCUACCUUGUCAUACACUGGACUUUUACUGCAUGUUUUCCAGAGUAAUCAUUCAUAAUGCUGAGACCUGUGUGAAACUGACACUGGCCAUGAAUAUUUCUACUGAGUUCCCAAACAUAAAUCACAAGAAGGAUCGACAGGUCCACAUUACAGUCAGAGAUAUAAAAGGCAAAUCAAGAGGUGUGCUUUUCCCUCUAAAAGGAGUCAGACUUGGAAAUCUUAAGGAUUCCACCAUGACGGUCUCCUACACGCUCAAGGUUGCCAAUGCUAAGUUUGGAGGUUUCUCGAAGCUGCUCUUCAGAUGGAAAGGAAGCAUUUACAAGCUUCUCUACAGAGAAUUUCUGGUUUUCUGCUUACUGUACACCUUUAUCAGUAUUCUGUACAGGUGUGUCCUUAAUAACAAUCAACAGGAGAUAUUCGCGAGACUAGCACGUCAUUGUAACAAGUUUGCCAAACUCAUCCCCAUGUCAUUUGUUCUUGGGUUCUACGUCACUCAAGCAUUUCAGCGCUGGUGGGGUCAGUACACCAGCUUUCCCCUGCCUGAUAACCUGAUGAUGGUGGUCUCUGGAAACGUCCAUGGUACAGAUGAAAGAGGUCGUCUGUUGAGGAGAACUCUGAUGAGAUAUGCUAACCUGUCAUCUGUCCUCAUACUGCGUUCCAUCAGCACACGAGUGCGCAAGAGGUUUACAACUCUGGAGGACAUUGUGGAGGCAGGAUUCAUGACCACAGAUGAGCUCAGGAAACUAAACCAUCUGUACUCAGACUUCAACAAAUACUGGAUGCCGCUUGCAUGGUUUGCCAACCUGGCGUCUCAGGCCAGAAAAGAAGGGCGUGUGAAAGAUGAUAUAGCAUUGCGUCUGCUAAUGGAUGAGCUGAAUAACUAUAGAUCAAAAUGCAGCAUGCUCUUCCACUAUGACUGGAUCAGCAUUCCCUUGGUGUACACACAGGUGGUGACUGUGGCCGUGUACUCCUUCUUUACAUUUAGUCUUAUUGGGAGGCAGUUUGUGAAGCCUGCAUCUUCUGAAGAACACCUUGACCUGUACAUCCCCAUUUUCACUUUACUGGAGUUCUUCUUUUAUGCUGGAUGGUUAAAGGUAGGGGAACUUAUCAUCAACCCGUUUGGAGAAGAUGAUGAUGAUUUUGAAACCAACCAACUCAUAGAUCGAAACAUUCAGGUUUCUAUGCUAGCCGUAGAUGACAUGCACCAGAAUCUUCCUCCUCUUGAGAAGGACAAAUACUGGGUGGAUAAAGGUCCUUCAUAUCCUUCGGCUUCUAUGAAGCCUGUUUUCAUGGGUUCUACACAUGACAUGAGGAUACUUGAGGAUGAUCUUGAAGAAUGCGUGUCAACCCCCAAGACUCAGAUGCUUGCCAUUAAUGUGUGGCCGACUACACACAAAGUGAAAAAGUCGAAAAGGAGUUUGCAACAAUUAUGUAUUUGCUGCAGAGCUGAAGGUGAGGAUGACUGCUCUAAACUUGAACCUUCCAAUAGCAGCGUCCAUUCACCACAACACAAGACUGUUCAACACAGCUGCCAAGAAAAACUCUUUGGGUCACAGGAAACUACAGGACCAGCAAACUGAGACCUAAAAGGCAAAUGUGCAACCCCUGUUUGAUUUUGCCUGCUGAUGUUAGGAUACAUCCUUUCAAACUUGUGCAGUCUACUAUUGCUUAAAUUAGGGGUGCCUAUGUUCCUGAAGAGUUCAGCUCCAACCCCGAUUAAACACAAAAUCAACGAAGUAAGAUCUAGAGCAGUGGUUCUCAAACUGUGGUACGUGUACCACCAGUGGUACGCAGGCUUCCUUCUAGUGGUACAC